AUGGCUCACAAGCAAAUAUACUAUUCGGACAAGUACUUCGAUGAACAUUACGAGUACCGGCAUGCCAUGUUGCCCAGAGAACUUUCCAAACAAGUACCCAAAACCCAUCUAAUGUCUGAAGAGGAGUGGAGGACACUUGGUGUUCAACAAAGUCUAGGCUGGGUACAUUACAUGAUUCAUGAGCCAGAACCACAUAUUCUUCUCUUUAGACGACCGCUUCCAAAACAACAACAAAAUGAAGAUUAUAUAGGGAUGUUCAAUUAA